AUCGGUUAGGGGUGGGAACUACAAACACGAAAUUAAGUGAGAAGUGAGAAGUGGAAGGAGAAGAAGGUGAAAGCAGAAGAUCAGAGAUUGAAAAUGAAAGCCGUGGUUAUAACGAGUCCCGGAGGCCCUGAAGUUCUACAGGUUCAAGAUGUCGAAGACCCAGAACUCAAAGACGAUGAGGUGCUGAUCAAGGUGGAGGCCACGGCGCUCAACCGAGCCGAUACAAUUCAGAGGAAAGGCUUGUACCCACCCCCCAAGGGUGCCAGCCCUUACCUGGGUCUCGAAUGUUCCGGCACUAUUGAAGCCGUCGGAAAUAACGUUUCCCGUUGGAAAGUCGGCGAUCAGGUAUGUGCUCUUCUUAGUGGAGGAGGAUACGCGGAGAAGGUGGCUGUUCCAGCUGGACAAGUUCUUCCUCUCCCGCCUGGUGUAUCUUUGAAGGAUGCUGCUGGUCUACCUGAGGUGGCAUGCACAGUUUGGUCGACUGUUUUUAUGAUGAGUCGGCUCUCUGCAGGGGAAACUUUUUUGGUUCAUGGGGGAUCAAGUGGAAUUGGUACAUUUGCAAUUCAGAUAGCCAAAUACCAAGGAGCAAAAGUGUUUGUCACAGCAGGAAAUGAGGAGAAAUUAGCUGUUUGCAAGGACCUAGGAGCUGAUGUUUGCAUCAAUUACAAGACAGAGGACUUUGUUGCACGGGUAAAGGAAGAAACUGGUGGAAAAGGUGUCGAUGUUAUUCUGGAUAGCAUUGGAGCAGCUUAUUUUAAGAAAAACCUUGACAGCUUAAAUUAUGAUGGAAGGCUUUUUAUUAUUGGGGCGAUGAGUGGGGCAGUUGGUGAAAUAGAUCUCCGAACUUUGCUUUCAAAGCGCCUCACAGUGCAAGCUGCUGGUUUGCGAUAUAGAAGUCCAGAAAACAAAGCAGUGAUUGUUAAUGAGGUGGAGAAGAAUGUUUGGCCUGCCAUUGUGGCUGGUCGGUUGAAACCUGUUGUCUACAAAUAUUAUCCAUUAUCUGAAGCAGCAGAGGCACACCGACUCAUGGAGAGUAGUGAUCAUAUUGGGAAGAUACUCCUUGUUCCCUGAAUGCUACAAAUGUUCUUCCUGCUCAAGGUUUGAUGUGUUUGUGUUCCUACACUUUGUGUUGUGCUAGAUUGAAAGAUUAUAGCAACAGUGAACCUUGAUGAUGGAUCAUUGUGAAUGGCUACUCUCAACAUGUUCAUCCAUUUUAACUAUUUGGUAGAAAAUAAUCCUUAAGACUCAUCUCAUUCUUCAUAUGUGGGUUUCAUAUGGACUCCAUCUAUGUGUAAGAGAAAGGAACACCGCUUGAAGGAGAAAGUAUUUAGUAGAAAUUAUUUA